AUGCCAGACCAAGCCAACCGUUCACGCCCUUUUCCCAACUCUUGCGUAGGCAUCCAUAUGCAUGCGCGCGGCUCCGUUGGGUACCGGGGUGCGUUGGGAUCCUGCUAG